AUGGUUCUGUGUUCAAUAGCAGAUCAGAUGUUCUUCCACACUGAUUAUCGGCCGCUUAUCCGUGACGCCCAUAACUUCGUACUGGACGAACAGACCCAGCAGGCACCUCACCUCAUGCCCCCGCCAUUCCUGGUGGAUGUUGAUGGCAAUCCUCACCCUCCACGCUACCAGAAACUGGUUCCGGGCAGAGAGAACUGCAGAGAGGAACAGCUCAUACCCCAGAUGGGGCUCACAUCAUCAGGGCUGAAUCAGGUGGUUAGUCAGCAGGCUGCAGAAGGCUCUAGUCCUCUUGAUAGUAUGAUCCAGAGACUACAGCAAGAGCAGGACCAGAGACUGGGUUCUGACAGCAGAGCCAACAGAG